GGAGUGGGAGGUUGAGAGUUUGGCGUGGUCGUUGUUGCUUUUUUUUUUAGCUCUUUAAUAAUUAAUAUUUGGUUACGUAGAUCACAUGAUAGCUCUGAUCUAAUCUGUACUCCCUACGCAUUCUUGCCGUAACUGCUUAUUUGGAAGUUUUCUAUCCAGAGGGUUGAGACGGUAGAUGAUGCAUGGACAUAUCGUUAUAGAGUUGAGCUGAGCAAGUACUUGAAAUGGUUUAUCUAAAAGCCGAAAACUCUUCCAAGAAAGAUCGUCACAGCAACAUAGCAUACAAGCCUUUACCUGUAUCUAUUGUGCUGCGAGAUAAAAAAAGCCACAGCAUAGAAACAAAGCAAAAACAAGCGCAAAGGUGCCGCUUAUAAAUAGUUGUUCCAUGAUGUUGUGUAGGAGUAUGAGAGCGUGGAUUUCCAGGAGCCUUUGUAUACGACCUCCAGGGCAUGCAUGAAUUGCAGCGAGACGGAGGAGCCGACCGCACCGUUUUGUCCUUUCAGGCUGGUGAUCAUAGCUCGGGCUACUCUCGUGUUAGCUGAGGGUGCAGAGGGGUCUGACAAUUCGUCUCCGACGAGACACCGGAUAGUGACAUGAUGUAUUUUUACUUGUUCAGGAAGUCGUAGUCCUCGAAGCCCACCCUUCAUGUGCCAUCAUAUCUCACCGACGGCGACGUUAGAUGCGGCUGUUGAAACAAGCUGUCUGCAACUAGAUAUGUAUGAUUGACGAUGACACUUCUUGUGUUUGUGACUUGUGUCGCAACAAAAGCUGUCCUCUUAUCUUCACAGCUAUGAUGUUUCGUGUCUGUGCCAAUCCACAUUGCAUUGCGGAGCUUCCACCUGUUGAUUUAUGGCCUUAGUUAGAAUUUAGAAUACAUAGCACAAAAGUUACUUUGUAAAUAAAUUAUAUAUAAAGUAAUGUAUGUCGAAUUCGUAACAAUAUUUUCAAGGAUGAAUGAUUAUGAUCUGCCGCACGCACUGGGGAUCGGCGACGAGGUGGUUGCAAAGUUUGAUGCGUACCGUGGUAAAGACGAUGAUCCCUGGUUUAGUGGAAUUGUUGCGGAUAUCGACGAUGAAGAAGGAAUUUGCACGGUGAAUUUUUGCGACGGAGACGUCUCUGUCGAGUUGUCUGCGGAUGAAGUUCUGUUUGCGCCAGGUAGAGCGGAAGACUUCGGAAAGGGGAGCAAGCGCGGCGCGACGCCGGACAGUGCCAUGGCUGUACGCAUUGGCGCGAUUGAAUGGCGAAAAGGCCACGAGGUUGUCGCGAAAUUCCACAGCUACCGCGGCAAGGCGGACAACCCAUGUUGAGUCCUGUAUAUUAUCUCACCAAACAAACAGCAAGUAGUAGAACUGUCGAUCAUAAGAAUGCGUUCCCGCACGACAGAAGCGCAUUCGUUCCAACCUAUCUACGACAUCAGGAUUCUUGCAUCCUUGCCCUAUUAUAUCACGGACUAUUCUGUCGCAGGACGGGGAAGCACAUAGACAUACUGAUGACGAGAUCUUCUGUCCUCUCCUCUUGAACAAGUACAUCUCAGAAAAGUUAUUAUCCCAGAGUAGUUUAUAGCGCGCAUGGUGCAUGGAGUGGCAUGGAGUACAUGGAGCGCCGGCAGCCUGCCCACGCAUGGAGUGCAUCGCAAGCGUGUAAUGGACGGGCACGCGUGGAGCAUGCCCCGCCGAAGUUGGGCCUGAUAGGCUAGACGCCCGGGGGGACGCUUGGUGACUGCUGUGUCAAGGGGUGACGUUUCCGGCGGCGCUGCAGCUGGUUCCGGGAGGGCCCUGAGCUAAGGGAACGAGCUUGCGAGUGAGUGGGCGGGGAGUUGUAGCCCUCGGGGAGUUGGAGGGUAGGCGGGGAGCUGUAGCCCCAACCAUGGGCAAUCAAUGCGUCGAGGGGUGCAGCCGGCGGCGCUGAGGCUGAUGCCUUGGCCGCCUGAAGAGCCCCCGUCCGCGAGUGAGUGGCUUGGGAGUCUUCGCUGUGAGGGUUGGUUGAUAGGCCAGACGCACGGGGAGCACUGUCUUGGACGUAAUGCGCCCAGGGGUCGCGACGUCGCCGGCGGCGCUGCAGCUGCAUUGCUGCCUGGGCGGCCUGAGGGCACCGGGCCCGGGCCGCGAGUGAGCGCGUCGGCCCGGAAGCUCGGCGUAGCAGUCGGAGAUGGGAUUGGCGGAUUGGCCGCCUGAGGUGCCUCCCUGGGGGACCGAGCUGGAGGCGUGUAUACUCUGACAGAUGAGAGGCGCCUGAAGGGCGCCUCGCAAAAUUUCACGCAUGGAGUGCAUGGAGUACCUGCUCCAUGCUACUCCAUGUGUUCCAUGCGCCCUGCGAAACCUUAGAAACUACUCUUAUAUUUUUAUCCGAGUACUGUAACAGUAACUGUAACAACAUGUCAUUACUUGACUUAAACUUAUACAUAGAAAUUGGAGCGUGCUGCAUGAAGCAGUCGUAAGAGAGGACUAAAAAAAAUAUAACAAGUGCCGUCGCUAAUUGGGGUUUAGUGGCACUGUUGCAGAAGUCGAUGAAGAGGAGGGCACAUGCAUCGUGAAUUUUUGUGAUGGCGACGUGUCGAUCUGUCUGAAUGAAACGGAGGUUCUCUUCGCACCUGGCAGAGCAGAGGACUUUGGAAAAUUAAGGCUUCACGUUUACGCCUAAUACGACUAAUUAUUUAAUAACAAGAGGAUGAAGAGGUAAUACAUCAGUAGCACAUGUCGAUGGGUAGUACAUCUGGUAGUUAUUUAAUUCGCUGAUAUGUUGCACUUGUGCGCGAGUGAUAUGAUAAUUUCUUCAAGUGCACCAUGCACAUUUUUCCUCGCGGGUCAGAGUCAUCGCAAGGAAAGUACGAAGAAGGCAAAAAGGAGCACAUGCAUGUAGGAAUGAACCACUGCUCGCAUUCAAUGGUGGCCAUGAAUGCUCGCACUCGGUCAUUAUGCCGGCUAGUAUUUCUCGCUAAGAGCAGGAGACAAACGUGGGGCGACGCCGGACAAUGCCGUCGCAGUGCGAAUCGGUGCCGGUCCAAAAGGGCUGAUGCAUGUGGAGAACGAGGAAGAGCUGGAAGCGCUCGUAAGAGAGAAGGUUAUGGCUUAUCUACAAGUACAGCUAGGGCAUCCUCCACCUCGACAGGUAGAACCUUGACAUUAGUACUUGGCUUCAUUUAUUUUCUCUUUCAAGCAGAAUCAGAAACAAACUGAGCCUGAAGUCAUCGAGGGCGGGAAAAAUGUUCCUAGGAAAGAUGAGGAUGCAAUGUUGGCGUAGCAAACUCGAAAAGUAGCGUCAUCUGCAUCUUUUCUGCAUCGUGGUGUUCCCCUUGCCAACGUCUCAAGAAGAAGAUCGCAGACGCUGGCCUCGAUAGGGAGUUAGUAGACUACGUGCACUUUGCCGUUGUGGAUGUUGACGAAUGCAAAAAAAGUUUGAAGCGCCGAUUCGACGUAACCUCAAUGCCCACGACGAUCUUCUUGAAGAAAGGCUCCGGCUUGGAACCCUUCCGGAAAGAAAUCAACGGCAUAAGUAGAGGCAUGCUGAAUACCCUGCGGGAAAUCGCACCGCAGCUUUCAGGUUAGAAUUGGUAAAGGUCCGUGACCUAGUAAUUGUCUUUCAGAGAAUCAAUACUCAUGUCCGUGUCAGUAACAAGAACGUGAUGAUUUCGUGACCACGAAGAUGUGCGUGUGCCAAGACACUUUUUACAGACAACUUUAAUUCCCAGAAAGAGAAACAGUUCUUAAUUUCCACGGUUGAUUUUGAACGGGGUAGAAUAGUUACAACACGUGCACGGAGCUAGAUGACAUUUCAUCCUACCGCCACCUUGCCAUAGCAUUAGUGUGGUCCGUCAAUCACAUCAUGAACAAGGAAGUCGCACGCCAAUCUUUUCGCUCGAUGAGGUGAGCAGGCGCGUGUAGAAGCUCCUCGACUACCCUUCGAUAGAUAGCUUGAUAGAACUAGAAGAUGAAUAAUCCAAAGAUGCUUGAAACGUUGCGCUUGACUUGAUUCCGAUGGCGCCUACUUCUUGCUGAGAGAACUUGAGUCUGAGACAAUUCUUUGGAAACGAGGCUGAGCUUGCUGUAGACGAC